AUGCAGGAGGUCACCCAAAAGGGCAAGCAACCGCUCCCACUGCUCGACAAGAAGACGGACACCUGGGAUGUUCCUGCAAAUGCAGGGGCUUGGAUCAAGUUUAACUUCGGCCAGCUUGCCCCGUACCGCGUGCUUUAUGCCAGCCCAACUUUGAGGUCGCAGCUUUCUAAGGCGGUUCGCUCCGGAGAGGCCUCAGCAGUCGACCGAAUAGGCUUGCUCAUGGACGCCAUGGCCUUCGCGAAGCAGGGCCAGCAACCCAUCCACGAGCUGCUACGCCUUCUGGCUGCUUUCAAGGCUGAGAAGAUGACGCACGUGUGGGAGGCCCUGGCCAGUGUUCUGGGAACCCUGUACCGGACGGUGUCUGCAAUCCAGAGCAGCGAGUAUACCCUGGCCCUCCAGCAGGCCGUGGGCAAUGGCCUCCUUCGCGAUGCUCUUGUGCAGACCGGCUGGUCCCCUUCGGAGCAAGAUAGCGACCUGCUGCGGCAAAAGCGAGCACUAGUGCUUGCCCUGGUCGCAAGAUACAUGCCGCAGGACAAGGAGGUCCGGAAAGAGGCGCAGAAAAAGUUCGAUGCCUGGUUCCAGGCACCGACCCUGGCGAUGAAGCAAAGCCUUCUACCAGACGAUCUGAAGACCUCUGUGUUCAGAAUUGUUCUCACCAACGCCAACGGCAACGCGCAGUACCAAGCCCUUCGUCGCUACGUGAAGGGAUCAGACACGCCGCAAGCUGUGCGCCUCAGCAUCUACAAAGCGCUGGGGGCAGCCCCACGGAAAGAUUUGCGAAUGAAGACGCUGGACAUGGCAAUGGGAGGUCGCAAUGGAGUCCGACUGCAGGACAUCAUGUAUCCAAUACAGGGAGUCGCCGCCAUGGAUCGGGAGGGUGCGCAGAUUGCGUGGCGCUGGUUCCUGCAGCGUCGUCGUGCCAUCACCGGUCGCCUCCGAGGAGCCAACGUGCGCCUCUUGGGCUCUGUGAUAGAAUGCGCUGCUGGGGCGCUGCCGGACAAGUCUCACGCCAACGCCGUUGAGGCUCUCUUUGAACAGCAUCCGGUGCCUGGAUUAGAGCGCAGCAUCGCGCAGCUGGUGGAGGCGAUACGCACAGAAGCCAAGUUCGUUGCGCGGAUGGAGGAUGAGAUGAGCCGGCCAGAAAUGAAGGAAGUCCUAGAAGCUUUUCAGGAGUGA